GAAGGAGUUGGAAACCUGCAGAGGGCAGCGAUCGACACUCAUUACGUCUGCUGUGCCGCCAAUUGCAGCAGCAGCAGAAGGAGAAGUUAAAGUCAGGAGGUUGAAAGCAGUUUCCAAUCUGUUAUCUAAAGAAGCAGUGUUGGGCUAGCUGCUAACUAGCAUUUCCUGUCUUGUCGACAGAGACGGGGUUGCAGGUUAUGCAGAUAGCAGCUCGGCUUAGCCAGUUAGCAACUAUACAGCAGCUGUUACAGGCCAAGAAGCAGUAAUAGUAUGGACUCCUGGGUCCGCUUUAACUCUCAGAGCCAAGCUAAGGAGAAAGUUAUUAGGGCUGCUCAGUAUGCCUGCAUCCUGCUGGGCUACACUCUGCAGAAAAGUGGGUCAGGGGCUGAACUCCGAAAAACCGUUAGUCAGAUGGAGGCGCACAUGAGCCUUACAAGAAAGUUGCUCCGUCUGGGAAAUUCUGUGGAGGCAUUGGAGGCUGCUAAAAGGGCCAUACACUUUUCUGAUGGUGUCCUAAGGCUCUGCCUGACUGUUAGCCAUCUCAACAGAGCCAUGUACUUUGCUUGUGACAACAUAUUGUGGGCUGGAAAAACAGGCCUCAUCUCCAAACUCAACCAACAAAAAUGGAGCCAGCGAUCAUUCAGGUACUAUCUCUUUGCUCUGGUCCUCCACCUGACUCGAGAUGUAUACGAGCUGGGCCUUCUCAUGGAAUGUGAAGCACGUAACAGAGCCACCAAAGUUUCUCCCUUGCCUGUUGACCAGGUUUAUGCACCAUCUUCAUCACCUUCUCCAGCUGUGCCUAAUCUUGUCAUACCAGAGCAGUUCCGCCGACAGCUGCAUUUGCUGCUGACCGUGCUGUACAACAACCCACCUUUGCUUUUGGAUCUGCUCAAGAACAGCUGUGACAUCUUCAUACCUUUGGACCGUCUGGGGAUUUAUUCUACAGGGUCCGGCUUCGUCGGGGCCUGUGGAUUGACAUCUUCUGUCUUAUCCAUUCUCACAAUGAUCCACCCCUGGCUCAAACUUAAGCCUUGAACCCAGAAUAGUGGGGGAGGGGUUCUGUGGACCCACAAGGACAUCCAAGGUCACAAUGUAAUGGAGUUAACCACUGAUGAUGAUUCUGGAAAUGCAGAGCUGGACUGUCAGAGUUUGAACUAGUAAGGGCAUCCAUAUCCUUCAGCUCAAAAUAGGCAACAGGUUGCAUCUACUGGCACCCAGAUGUUUUUAAAGUGUUUAACACUGAUUAAUUCUUUACUCACCUUAAUGAACUGAUCUGUUGGAUUCUAGUGGGUCUAGUACUACUUGUCUUGUUUCUCAUACUGUAAGACAGUAAGACUGUAAGUCUUUGGUUUUUAUGCACACCUUCCCCAAAUCUGACAGCAUGCAAUUUUUAUUGCACACCUCUUCUUAUUUAGAUAUGAAUUCACACAAGAGUCCACAGACAUAUUUCAACAAUUAUGAGUAAUCAUUGCAAUAACACCACAAGGCAUGCCUCUACUGCUUGUCUUAUGGGAUCUCUGCGCGAUGCAGGAUCUCUGCACCAUGCAGGAUUUUAAUAAUAUUGCUACAUAAUUGAAAGUAGCAGUCAAAGAAAAAGUAUUGUUAAUAGAUCUACAAAGGCAGCAACACAAAAGUUGUAAUAUUAUACCAAACAUAAAGCAAGUUCACACAUCUACAUUUGUCCAGUCUGUUAACAUUUGAUAGAUCCCUUAAAACCCCCUCUACUCAAAGUCUACACUUUGUGUUGGACUGAACCUCUCCCCCCAAUGAUUCUAUUGGUUUUUAAAAAAUGUGAUCGUUGGGGACUUACAUUUAAAGGUGUCCACUGUCAAGAUUCUUCCUGUACGACCUAUGAGCUUCAGUUGGUUCUUUAGUUGGAGCCAGCGGAACCUACAUCAAACUGCAUUACCAUCAUGUCCAGCAUUCAAGGCAUACCUGUUGUAACCGACCAUAGGGUACGAUAGCAUUUAAAGUACAACAGGAUACAAGUAAAUGUGUCCCGUGUGUAUUACUAUUCACCAGAAAACCUUUGCUGUCAUUAACUGUGUGCUCAAAUCUAAUUUGUCACCAGCGUGAUUUGGUUGUUAAGGUGCUGUAAUAAAAAGCAGUCUAACUUA